CUCCCACUAACAAACUUUGGCAACUUGUUACUUUCCCACUAAAUAAUCAAUCCCACUGUCUUCAACUAUUCAUGUCACUAUUCUUUUUUCCAGCCUGCAACUACCCAGCUACUCUCUCUUCAUUUUUCUCUCUCCUAGGGUUAUCAUUUUUCUUUCCCUAAUUUUGAUCUUAUGAAAAUUCACCUCAAUUUUUGCAAAUUUUCACUUGUUUUUCUUAGCUCAUAAUUAUGGUAAGGAAGCAUGGAUUUCAGUUACCAGCUCAUACUUAUCAGGUUGUUGCAAUAACUGUGUACUGCUUGCUAGUUGUUGAAUUCUAUGCUUUCCUUGCACCUUUCCUCGGAGGCCGAAUAUGGGAAUAUGCAUUAAUUGGCACAUAUUCUCCAGUGGCACUCAUUGUUUUCAUUCUUUACGUGAGGUGCACUGCAAUCAAUCCUGCAGAUCCAGGAAUUAUGUCUAAAUUUGAUAAUCAAUCAGCCAGUAAUAUCAAUGGGAAGCAUGGAGAAUCAACCAAGGACUUAUCUGGUAGACUUCAUGAAAAUGGUACAGAUGGUCACUCCUCACCAUAUUCAGUGUCCAGAAGCUCGACAAUGGCAAGUAACCUGAGUAAGAUUGGCUCAGCAAGGGAAGUUCCUAAGCUAAAUGAUCAUGUACAACCCGGGAAGAAAAGGUCAUCUUGUAGUGGCAUUGGAGGAAUCUUCUGUUUAUUGUUUGUCCUUGAAGAUUGCCGCAAAGAGGAGAAUGUCGAGGAGGAACAAGGCAACAGAGAAGAUGCUUUAUUUUGCACACUGUGCAAUGCUGAGGUGCGCAAGUUCAGCAAGCAUUGUAGAAGCUGUGACAAAUGUGUAGAUGGAUUUGAUCAUCACUGCCGGUGGCUUAAUAAUUGUGUGGGAAGGAAUAAUUACAUGACUUUCAUCUCUCUUAUGGCCUCAAGUCUUGUUUGGCUUGUCACUGAAGCAGGAGUUGGUAUUGCCGUUUUUGUACGCUACUUUGUGAAUAGGAGAGGUAUGGAGGCUGAAAUUAUUGACAGACUUGGGAAUGGUUUUACUCCUGUCCCCUUUCCGAUAGUGGUGGCUAUCUUUACGAUUACUUCCUUAAUAGCUUGUAUACCUUUGGGUGAACUAUUCUUUUUCCACAUGAUACUGAUGAGAAAGGGUAUUACUACAUAUGAGUAUGUUGUGGCUAUGAGGGCUAUGAGUGAGGCACCACCAGGAGCUGCUUCGGACAAUGAUGAUUUACCAAAUGAGUUAUAUUCACCGAGUGGGUCUGCGACAACUGGUUUCAGUGGUGGCAGUUCCUUAGGCAUUCAAUACAAGGGGGCUUGGUCGUGUACACCUCCCAGAGUAUUUGUGGAUUAUCAGGAAGAAGUUGUCCCCCAUCUGGAACCUGGAAUGGUCCCAUCAACUACUGAUCCAGAUGCAACAGGACGAGGCAAGGCACCUAGAAAGCAAGUCAAGCGUAGUGCAUUUAAGCUUGCAAAAUUAGAUCCUAAUGAAGUCAUGAAAGCUGCAGCUAAAGCCCGGGCUUCAUCAUCUGUGCUGAGGCCUGUUGAAAACCGUCAUAUGCAAACUAUUGAUUACAGUUCCAGUGAAAACAUAAGCAUUCAAAGCAGCGUGAGCACAGACAUGGGUGCAAACAGAGAUUCUAAAGGGGACUUUAGGAUCUCGUCUAUGAGAAAUUCUGUUGCUCCAAGUCAAGGCAGCAGGGAUGAAUAUGAAACUGGGACUCAAAGUAUGAGUAGCUUCAGCAGUCCUAGUCAUGUACAUGAAUCAGUAACAUUAAGCCCUCUUCCACGAGCUCAAGGGUUGAAUCAUUUCAAUGCAGUCGGCUCUAUUCCUGGUUUGAUCGCUUCUCAGCCUUCAAAUUCUAGGGGUACUCUCCAUGGUGUGGACCCCGUGUCUAGGUUCCCAUCAAAACCUGAUGAUAAAAAGUUUCAGAAGGAAAGUAGUACAGAUCCUUUACUGCUCUCAGCAUCAACCGCUCUUCUUAGAGAUGUCAAAAGGACAUCUGUCAUUUGGGACCAAGAAGCUGGGAGAUAUGUUUCAGUCCCUGCCACAACAGAUGGCAAGAAUAAAUCUUCACAACAAAUCACUGCAGUAAACACUAAUGUAGAUACAAGUAGUUACAGUAGAAGACCACCUCCAGCAAUUCAACUAGAAGAGCCAUCUUCCUCAAGAGGUCCACUGCAGCAAUCAGAUAAGUUAAUGUACAGUGGAGAGAGCAUAUUCUUCGGUGGGCCACUUUUGAGUAUUCCUGGUAAAGAUGAUGCAAAAUCUGAUAAGAAUUCGAUCUUCAGGCGGGGCCAGGAGCGGGUGGUCCCGGGAAUCUCUCGGGAAUCAAGAUUUAAAAGGGAUGCUGCUUCAAACCAGCUGCCUGUUUUUGUUCCUGGAGGUUUUACACAGUAUCCUCAGUCUUCUUCUGGUGUGAAGUAAAUAAAUAUUCUUCAUCUUGAUCUUCAUAGAUGGCACGGCACUACUUUCAUGUGUCUGAUUAUUUCGACCCCAGCUAAGCAUUGAGAUCAGAAUUCGGGCCUAUAUGAAGCUUUUUGCCGAGGCCACACAAGUCACAACGCCUGAAUCUGAAAACGAGCUAGUCGUGGAUGCAUUUAUUAUUGUCAAAUCUGGUGUCAGUGGAUUAGAUGAUACAACAUGGAGGCUGGGUAUCUCCUUCCAGCUCCAGUAUUGCGCGCAAUUCCAACGAUCAUUUAUCUUUUAGGCUCGUUCCACUGAAAUAGUCCUCAUUUCCUGUCUCUCUCUCCUCACCUCCUCUUGGCUAGUAGUGUCUUUUUUGAUUCUGUCUAUGGGUGAUGGAAUACUGGAAUCCCGGUGAACGCUGCCAAUAUAUAUUCAUGUGUAGGUGAUCUUCUUGGAACUCAUUUUAAAAGAUGUUAAUAUUCGAAAUUUUGGACCUUGUCCAAUUUUUGUUGCUGUUUAUAAUUUACUUACAUCAUCUUAAA